AUGCGCUGCCACUCAGACCAUACUUGUUUUAUUCGACGUCGCUCUGAUGGUCGUUGCAUUAUGUUAUUGGUAUAUGUGGAUGAUAUCAUUAUCACAGGUGAUGAUGUUUUAGGGAUUGCUCAGGCGAAACUUCAUCUUCAAAAGUCCUUUGAUGUGAAGGACUUAGGUCCUCUUCAAUAUUUUCUUCGAAUUGAGGUUGCUAGAUCCCGUCGUGGAAUUUCUUUAUCUCAAAGAAAAUAUGUUUUGGAUCUUCUUCAAGAUACUAGCAUGCUUGGGUGUCAACCCGCUUCCAUUCCUAUGGACCCCAAUCUUAAACUCUCUGUUGAGUUAAGGGAAUUACUUCCAGAUCCAUCCGUGUAUCAACGUUUAGUAGGUCGUCUUAUCUACUUGACUAAUACAAUGCCCGAUUUGACAUUUGUUGUUAGUGUGAUUAGUCAAUUCAUGCAUGCCCCUCGCUUAGCUCAUAUGGAUGCAGUCUACCAUAUUUUGAGUUACCUUAAGUCGUGCCCUGGUCUUGGUCUUUUCUAUGCCUCAGGAAAUCAGUCUGGACUCUCAUGCUUUAUUGAUGCAGACUAUGCUGGAUGUAAGACAGAUAGAUGUUCUACCACUGGCUUCUGUACUUUCUAUGGUAAUCAUCUCAUAUCAUGGAAGAGUAAGAAGCAGGCUGUUGUUUUUAGAUCCUCUGCUGAAGCUGAAUACCGAGCUAUGGCUCAAGGUACUUGUGAGCUCCUUUGGCUUCAAUCAAUUUUGGGAGAGUUGGGUUUUGUACAGAAAGGUUCUUCAAAGCUGUUUUGUGACAAUAAAUCAGCCAUUAUGCUUGCUUCUGAUUCUGUUUUACAUGAAAGGUCGAAACAUAUUGAGGUAGACAUUCACUUUAUUCGAGAGAAGGUUCGAUCGGGUAUCAUUAAUCCUAUUUUUGUUCCUUCUUCAGAACAGACUGCAGAUGUGUUCACAAAGUCUGUUGGGCCUUCUCUUCUCUAG